GGGGGAUAUUUUAGGGCAGUCGAGGCACUUGCAUCCUGGAUUUUUAGUGGGUUGUGCACGGUUCUAGUGGGUGGCUCUAGUGGACUCUUGGCUUGCGAUGGGCUUCUCCUUUAUUCUGCCGAUUCAAAUCUCUAGGCGGUGAGAGACCAUCUCCUGACAAGGCUGCAAGGCUACCAUGGUAUGAUUCGGACUAAUACAGUUGCAUAUGAGUAGUCGAGUUCCACUGUGGCUUGUAAUAUUGAGGCAUUGUCUGCCUGUGGUCCUUUUCAACCUCAUCAACGGUGUCAGGCGGCUUGUGUUCAUAUAUAUCUAAAGUUUAACAGCCCAUUAUCAUGUCUCAAGCCAUUUAACCAGUCCCUGGUAUCAUUUUCAGCGCCAGCGACGAUAGUAACACCACUGACUCGAGUCUUAAACUUCAAUCCUCAAAUCUUCAGCCUCGGGAUUCUCAACCCCCCCACACCCAUCACCAUGGCAGCAACCAAAAUCCUCACUCUCAAAACAGAGGAUACCACUCUCGAGGCAAUCCCCGUCUCCUCACCAAGCUUCAAAGGCCGUCUCAACCUCUCCUCCUUCGCUUUCGAGGCUCCUGCGACUCAAACCCUCCGCCGCAGUCCUCGGAGUCUCACUCCCAAAGUCGAGGCAUCCAAUUCCCUCUCUCAGACCUCAGUUGUCAAAAUCGAGCCCUCCGCUUCCCCCUCCCCUCCCCGAAAGCGAGGAACAAACACUCCCUCCCUCUCCUCCUCUCCAAGCAAAAAAUCCCGUUCCCGCACCCCCGCCGGCUAUGCCCACCCUUCCAAAUACGCCCACCUCAACGAACUAGUCGACAUCCUCGAGCCAAAUCUCAUAUGCGCCUUCGUCGGUCUCAACCCCGGCCUCCGCACCGCUACCGAUGGGCACGCGUACUCACACCCCUCCAACCGGUUCUGGAAACUGCUUUACUCCUCAGGACUCACUACGCGGUUGAUGAAGCCGGUUGAGGAUAGGAGUUUACCUGCGCUUUACAGUUUGGGGAAUACGAAUAUCGUUGCUCGCCCAACACGCAAUGGUGCGGAGUUGAGUAAGCAGGAGAUGGACGACAGUGUAGCGGUGCUUGAAGAGAAGAUGCGGAUGUUCAAACCGGAAGCGGUGUGUAUUGUCGGGAAAAGUAUUUGGGAGAGCAUUUGGAGGGUGAGGCAUGGGAGGGCGAUUAAGAAAGAGGAGUUUAGGUAUGGAUGGCAGGAUGAUAGUGAGGCGAUUGGGAAGCCUGAUGGUUUGAAGGAGGAGGGGGAGGAGGGGGAGGUGUGGAAGGGUGCGAGGGUCUUUGUGGCGACGACUACGAGCGGGCUUGCGGCGAACCCGACGCAGGCGGAGAAGGAGAAGAUUUGGAGGGAGUUGGGGGUUUGGGCUGAAAAGAGGAGGAGGGAGAAAGCUGGGGAGGUGGUGGAGGUGGUGGAGGUGGUGGAGGUGGUUGCUGGGGGUGUGGUUGGGGAAGUGUUGUUGAACUGAGGGUUUGGGGGGUAUAUAUGAUGGGUGGGAGUUUUAAUUGCUGGUGUUGCUGGUGUUGCUGGGGCGCUAGGUUAUGAGGAUUAUAGCUGGAAUGCAUGGCUGAGGUUCUGCUUUUGGAGGGAUGGAAAUAGCUCUAUAUCAUAGCUAUAUCGGUAUCUUCGUUCGAAAUAGGCUAGAAUAUAAAUAAACCGUAGAACAUAGUUAUU